UCUCGCCAUGCAUAGUCCAUCUACUAAUUCAUAUAUAAUAUACUGACUUCUUCCUCGUCGAUCAGUCUUUUUUUUUUGUAUCACCACAACCUCAUCUCAUCUCCUCAUCUCCUCAACCUUCACCAUGAAGUUCUUCAGCAACGAUCUCAGCCUGUUCUCUACAGGUCUGCUGCUCCUCGCCUCCGUCGGCGAUGUCUCAGCCCAGUGCUCUCUCCCCACCACCUACAGAUGGACUUCUAGCGGUGCUCUCGCCCAGCCCAAGUCCCCCUGGGUCUCCCUCAAGGACUUCACCGUCGCUCCCUACAACGGCGGCCAGCUUGUCUACGCCACUACCUUCGGCAACGGCGCCUGGGGAUCCAUGGCCUUCAGCCCCGUCUCCAACCUCAACCAGCUCGGUUCCGCCACCCAGACCGGCAUGACCUCUACGGCAGUCGCCCCCACCCUGUUCUUCUUCAAGCCUAAGAACAUCUGGAUCCUCGCCCACCAGUGGGGUCCUACCAAGUUCUCCUACAGAACUUCCAGCAACCCUACCAACCCCAACGGCUGGUCUGCUGCCCAGCCUCUCUUCACCGGCGAGAUCGCCAACGCUGCCUACGGUCCCAUCGACCAGACCGUCAUUGGUGACAGCAAGAACAUGUACCUGUUCUUCGCCGGUGAUAACGGCCGCAUCUACCGCGCCAGCAUGCCCAUUGGCAACUUCCCCGGCAGCUUCGGCUCCCAGUCCCAGAUCAUCCUCCAGGAUACUGAGGACAACCUCUUCGAGGCCGUGCAGGUCUACUCCCUCCAGGGACUUAACAAGUACCUCAUGAUCGUCGAGGCCAAGGGCAAGAACGGCCGCUUCUUCCGCUCUUUCACCGCCAACAGCCUCGAUGGCCAGUGGACCGUCAAUGCCGGUACCGAGGCCAACCCCUUCGCCGGCAAGGCCAACAGCGGUGCUACCUGGACCAACGACAUCAGCCACGGAGAGCUGAUCCGAACCAGCAACGACCAGACCUUCCCCGUCGACCCUUGCAACCUCCAGCUCCUCUACCAGGGCCGCAACCCCAGCGUUGGUGGCGAUUACAACAACCUUCCUUACCGCCCUGGUCUGCUCACCCUCAAGAAGUAAAUGAAAUGAAAAACAGUGCUAGCACUGCUUUUCUUUCUUCUGGGUUUUGCACGGACGUGGAUGCUGGACACCCAGUUUUGCGUUGCAAAUGGGAUUAUCAUGGUGAUUCAUCCAUGACACUCAUUCAUCUGUACAUAGUUAUCUGCUCGUAUAUUAUCAAGUCACAUUCAUUUGAAUGGAACAAUGCAC